UAUUAGUUCUAGAACCUAGGGUGGGUGAUAAGGGAGAGUCUGCAGAAUUCUCAUUUCAUUUUCAGCGUACCAGCAAAGCAGUAGUGAUAAUGUUCUCUCGGAUAGCCAGAUCAGCUGUGAGUAUUGCUCGCAGCUUCUGCAGCUCUUCCCAGAGCAAUACAAAGGUGACAGUGUUGGGUGCAUCUGGGGGCAUCGGCCAGCCCCUGUCACUGCUGCUUAAGAAGAGUCCACUGGUCAGCCAGCUCUCGCUUUAUGACGUUGUCCACACCCUCGGAGUGGCUGCAGACCUCAGUCACAUUGAGACCAGGGCCCAGGUCACUGGCUACGUCGGCCCUGAACAACUCCCGCAAGCUCUGAAGGGGAGUGAAGUUGUCGUCAUUCCUGCUGGAGUGCCCAGGAAGCCCGGGAUGACACGGGAUGACCUCUUCGGUACCAACGCCUCCAUCGUGGCCACCCUGGCUGAUGCCUGUGCCCGCAACUGCCCUGAAGCUAUGAUUUGUCUAAUCACCAACCCGGUAAACUCCACUGUUCCCAUAGCUUCAGAGAUUCUUAGGAAGCAUGGAGUUUACAACCCUAAGCGGGUCUUUGGUGUGACGACGCUAGACAUCGUCAGGGCUAACACCUUCGUGGCCGAACUCACGGGACUGAAUCCUGCUCAUGUCAACGUCCCUGUAGUUGGUGGCCAUGCGGGCAAGACCAUAAUUCCGGUCUUAUCUCGGUGCACUCCCAAAAUGGAGUUUAGUGCGGAUACUCUCGCUAACCUCACGAGGCGUAUCCAAGACGCAGGCACUGAGGUGGUCAAGGCGAAGGCUGGGGCAGGCUCUGCCACCCUCUCCAUGGCAUAUGCAGGGGCUAGGUUCGCCGUGUCCCUGCUGGAUGCCAUGAAUGGCAAAGAAGGGGUCAUCGAAUGUGCAUUCGUCAGGUCAGAGGAAGGCGAAUGCACAUACUUUUCCACCCCUCUCCUCCUCGGCAGACACGGAGUGGAACGAAACCUGGGCCUUGGCAAGCUCUCCGCCUUGGAGACCAAGCUGGUGGCCGAAGCACUGGAUGAGCUGAAGGCCUCCAUUAAGAAGGGGGAGGACUUUGCGAGGGCGCCAACACAUUAAUGCUGCCUCUUCUGGAUGAAGAAUUACCCUGGCUUUGGAUGUUUGUAAACUCUUUUAAAAGAUACUGUUAACAUUUAAAAUGUACCAAAAAACAUUUAAAAUGUGUUACUGUUUGCCAAAGGGUAAUGCGUAAGAACACAAUGUUCUGCUGGUUCAGUUGCUGAAUUUAGUAGAUUUUUCUGAAUGUGAAAUAUAACGUGAACCAUUAAUACUUUGAAAAUGGACACUGAAAGUUCAGAUAUUUUGUUUGUAAUUAUAAAAGAAAAUAAAACAGGAUGUUUAUAACUUA